AUGUCGCCCUUUAUAUCGCUUGACGAACUACCUCAGGGCUCCUCUGUUACAUUUUACGACUCCUCAUUCUUCAAGCGGGGUUCCGAAACAAUUACACUCCCGACUCCUUCUGAAGUAUUAGCUCGGCCUAAUUUUAUUCAGCACCCACGAGCUGAGAACAUGAAACUGCGCAUACCAGCCGUGUUUCAGGAACUUGGGCUUGCCGUCAAACAUAGUGAUAGCACCAAUACGAUCAUUUCAGAAGGACAGUGCCUUUGGGCCGUUCGUCGUUUUUUACCUAAAGUCCCUGUUCCAGAGGUUUAUGGCUGGACACAGGAAAAUGGCAUUGCAUUCCUUUACAUGGAGUAUAUCGACGGGGCCACCUUAAAGGACCGUUGGGACAGUUUGACUGUCACAGAGAAGGAGGGUGUCUGUCAAGAGCUCAAAACAAAUAUCACAGAAAUAUCUCGUCUACGCCAAGCACCUGACGACGAGUUCAUUGGUAACAUUAGCCGAAGGCCACUGAGCGAUAUGGUAUUCACUGGUACAAAUUUCCCACCUGUUGGUCCUUUCUCUUCGGCAACUGAACUUCACGAUUGCAUGUCCAACAUGUUCAAGUGGCCAGCCAAGGUGAGACAACCAGAUAUUGAUCUUGCCGAUGUCUUGGAUCCAUAUCGAGAUAUGUUACCGGAUGAUUGCGCUAUACAUUUUACCCACGCCGAUCUUAACCCUGUCAAUAUCAUGGUGUCUAAAGAUUCGCCUUGCCGUGUCAUAGCCAUUAUUGACUGGGAACAGUCCGGUUGGUACCCAGCCUACUGGGAUUUUUUUAAGGUUGAGAUGACCACAAAACCCGGUUCAGAAUGGCAGACUGAAUAUUUGCCCAAGCUGUUGAAGGAGCCAGAUCCGGAUUGUUGCGAAGCAUUUUACUCUUAUGUUAACUCAUACGCACCUUGA